AGUGAGGGUUGGGAUUGCUGCGCGCUCCCGGUGUCUGUGUGGAAGCAGUGAUCGGGUGUUCGGUAAUAAACAUGUCUAAGCUGGAGCAGAUCCUCAUCCUCGAUCCUUCUACCGACCUCAAAUUUAAAGGUCCGUUUACAGAUGUUGUCACGGCUAACCUGAGGCUGACAAAUCCGUCAGAUAAAAGAGUAUGUUUCAAAGUGAAGACCACAGCGCCACGCAGGUACUGCGUACGACCCAACAGCGGUUCCAUCGACCCCGGUGCCUCACUCACUAUCUCAGUUAUGCUGCAGCCGUUUGACUACGAUCCCAAUGAGAAGAGUAAACACAAAUUCAUGGUGCAGACCAUCUUUGCACCGGCUUCUGUCUCAGACACAGAGACCAUGUGGAAGGAAGCGAAACCCGAAGAGCUCAUGGAUUCCAAACUGAGAUGUGUGUUUGAGCUGCCUUCUGAAAACGAAGUGAAUGACGUGGAUGCCGUGAGUAAGGCUGCGCCCAUGCUGGCCUCCUCCAAGGUGGACGGAUCAGCUGUGCCCAAACCGAGCAGUGCUGCCCUGGAUGACACAGAGAUGAAGAAGGUUCUGGAAGAGUGCAAGCGGCUGCAGAGUGAACUGAGCAAGCUGCAGGAUGAGAACCGGCAGCUGAGGGACGAUGGCUUGAGAUUGAGGAAAGCUCAGCGGCCCGAGCACACGGCCUCCAAUUCCAGCUCUCUGAUGGGCCGAGAUGUGGCCACCAGCUCCCUCCCAUCGCUCCUGGUCGUCAUAGCAGCCAUCUUCAUCGGAUUCUUCCUCGGCAAGUUCAUCCUGUAGAUGGACGACGUGAGGGAGUCUGACGUGUCUGCCUGCCUGUCAACCAGUUCCAGAGAGAGAGAGAGAGAGAGAGAGAGAAUGGGAAAGAGAGGGAGAUCACAUGGCCUGGAUGAAAGGAGAAAGUCUUUCUGUUGACUUUGCCAUAUCAUUGGUAGCUGGGCCAGUGGCAGAAACACCCAACUGUCCGGCAUCAUAACGUCCUCAGCUUCACACACUGUUAGUCAAACUAGAGAGAGAAAGAGAGAGAGAGAGAGAAAGAAAGAAAGAGAGAGAUUUAAGGAAGAGAGAGAAGCCGAGCAGGAGCAGAAGACAGACUCUCUCCUCUAUCUUUCUCUCUUUUUUCCGUUAUGUUCUUUUCUUUGUGCGAUGGACAGAAUAUCGAUUCACUGAACAGCUUUAUUACACAGCAGUGGCUUACUAGAGUGAUAAAUUGUCUCACACAGGAAAGAAAAGCAAGAAAAACCACAUAUUAAGUAAAGCAGUGUAAUAAAUAUUUUUGUUCCCCUGCUACCACCACACUUCACUCUCUCUCAUUUUAUUAAGCGUACAAUGGAAUGUUAGUUGUAUUGUAAAUGUAAUUUUAAUCCUUUUAAAAAAAAGGAAAAGCAACUUCCAUCAAAACGACACGAAAAAGACAUCACGAAUCAUUUUCACCCGGCGUGCUCAGAAAGACGGCAGAUUUAUUUCUACCCCUCGAUGCCUCCUCUCCAUUUCCACAGGAACGUCAACAGUUGGGCCGGGAACAAAGAUGCCUCCUUUUGUAUAUUUGUCUUUCUUCCCUCCUGUCCCUAAUGAUACCAAUGCAGACUUUUAUUACUGUUAUCAUAUUCUUAAUAUUAUUAAUGUUCUUUAUUUUUCCCUCAGUACAAAGCAUUUAUUCCUACUCGAGGCAAAUGUUGACUGAAGUUUGAGUCUACACCUCUCCUGUUCUGUCCCAUGCUAUUCAACAUUGAAGAAAUAAAUAAAGUGGGAAAAACAAAA